AAAAGGAAUAAUAAAAGAAAUUAAUAAAAGAAAAAACACGUUCAGGUGUCUCCGGCCAGUCAUUCAGACAUCAGAAUCAAAUUAGGGCAUAAGACUGGUCGGAGAAAGAAGUCAUGGGAAGGAGAAAAGUUGAGAUCAAACCAAUUGAGAACAAAAGUAGUCGACAAGUUACUUUCUGUAAACGACGCAAUGGUCUCAUUGAGAAAGCUCGCCAACUCUCAGUUCUUUGUGGGUCCUCCGUCGCUGUUCUCAUCGUUUCAUCUACCGGAAAAGUCUAUAGCUCUUCCUCCGGCGAAAGCAUGGCCAAGAUCCUCAAGCGUUACGGAGUACAACAUGCAGAUGAGCUUAAAAACUUGGAACUUACAGAGAAAACUCAGAAUUAUCGUUCACUUAAGGAGUUACUAGAAACAGUUCAAUGCAAGCUUGAAGAAGCGAAAGUUGAUAAUAUAAGCAUAGAGUCUCUAAUUUCACUGGAAGAGCAGUUCAAGACUGCUCUUUCUUUAACAAAAGCUAGAAAGACAGAACUAAUGAAUGAUCUUGUAAAAACCCUUCAAGAAAAGGAGAAGCUGUUGAGAGACGAGAAUCAGAUUUUGGCUAGCCAGCUUGCAAAGAUGGGGAAUGAGAACGAGCUUCUAGAAACAGAGGAUGAAAGAGCAAUGUUACUGGAAUAUAGCUCCGGCAACAACCCACCGGAGACUCUCCCGCUUCUCAAGUAACCACCAUCAUAAGCUGCUGAUUUUUCAACAUCUUGUUGCAAAAAAAAAAAAAUUGUAAAAUAAAUUAUCAAAUUUGUAAACCAUGAAGAAACUAGUACACAUCUUAAGCUCAUGAUACAUCAAAUAAGAUACCGAUCCCCUUUUGUGCUUACCUUCGGAGACAGGGCUUUGUGUGUUUUGUCUGAACGUAUAAAAUUGGUGUGUUUAUAAGAGUUUUGCUAACUUCAGCUUGAAGAAACAAAGGCAAAAGUUAUUAGUUUUGU